AUGCCUAACCUUGCCAGUGUCGAGAUCGACACUCCCGCCAACAAGGGCGAGACCAAGAUCAGGCGUUCCUACAGAGCGCCUGAUCGUCUUCUUGAACGUCCUGCCGAGGGGAUCAACACUAUGGCCGACGUUUUCCUCAAGGCACGAGAACGCUUCCCCAAACGUGCCAUCAUGGGUUGGCGAGACGUUGUCCGAACGCACGACGAGAACAAGGAAAUCACCAAAAAGGUCGAAGGCAAGGAGGUCAAGCAGACCAAAACUUGGCAAUACUACGAGCUCUCCAACUACAAGUACCUCACCUACGACGAGUUCGAAGAGCGCAUUCAGCAUGCCUCGAGCGGUCUUGUAAACCUCGGCUUGUCCAAAGACACUCGCUUCAACAUUUACGCUACCACCGCCAUCAACUGGCAAAACAUGGCCCACGCCUGUUUCCGUCAGAGCAUCCCUUUCUGUACCGCCUACGAGACUCUCGGUGAAGAAGGCCUCCAGCACUCGCUCAUUGAGCCCCAAGUCGUUGGCGUCUUCACCAACGCAGAACUUCUCCCUACUCUCGCAAACGUCAUCCGCAAGGCCGACACGGUCAAGUACGUCAUCUACGACGGCAAGCCUGAGGACAAGCACCUCGACACUAUCCGCAAAGUGCUCGAUGAGCGCCAGGGUAAGCUCCUUACCAUCGAGCAUCUUUGGGCUGAGGGUAAGUCCAACCCUGCUGAAAGCCACCUCCCCACCCGCGACGAUGUUGCCUGCAUCAUGUACACUUCCGGUUCCACCGGUGCACCCAAGGGUGUCAUUCUCACACACGGCAACCUCGUUGCUUCCAUCGCUGCCGUCGUACUUCACGUCGGUGAUCUCUUGAGUCCUACCGACACAUUCCUCGCCUACUUGCCUUUGGCCCACAUUCUCGAGUUCAUCGUCGAAUGCACCAUGACCUACAUGGGUAUCACCAUGGGUUACGGUAAGGUCAAGACUUUGACCCAGGCUUCUGUCCGAAACUGCGACGGUGAUAUCAAGGCCUUCAAGCCCAGUAUCAUGAUUGGUGUUCCUGCCGUUUGGGAGUUGAUCCGCAAAGGUAUUCUCUCCAAAGUCAAUGCCAGUGGUUCGUUCAAGCAAAAACUCUUCAACGGUGCUCUCACCAUCAAGAAGAACAAGAUUCCCUUGCUUACCUCGGUUGUCGACAAUGUCGUUUUCAAAGCUGUUAGGGAGCAGACCGGUGGUCGUCUCCGCUUUGCCCUUUGCGGUGGUGCUGCUCUGUCCAGGGAAACUCAGGAGUUCCUCAACAAUGCUCUUGUGCUCUUGCUUCAGGGUUACGGCCUCACCGAAUCGUGCGGUAUGACUGCCAUUCUUCACCCCGAGUUCUACUCCUACGGUCCUUCCGGCGGAUGUGUACCCGCUAUCGAGAUCAAGCUUCGUGACGUCCCCGACGCAGGCUAUUUCGCCACUAACAACCCUCCUCAAGGUGAAGUUCUCAUUCGAGGCCCUUCCGUCACCAAAGGCUACUUCAAUCGCGACGACGUCAACAAGGAAUCCUUCCAAGACGGUUGGUUCCUCACCGGUGACGUAGGUCAAUGGAACCCCGACGGAACCCUUUCCAUCAUCGACCGCAAGAAGAACUUGGUCAAACUCUCCGGUGGCGAAUACAUCGCUAUUGAACGUUUGGAGUCGGUUUACAAGUCUUCCAACCUCGUUUCCAACAUCUGCGUUCAUGCUCACAGCGAUGCAAAGCAACCAAUGGCUAUCAUCUUCCCCCGAGAGGAUAACCUGGUUGCAGCCGCACAGAAGAUCGGAGCAAGCGGUGAUUUGGAAGAGCUAUGCAAGAAUAGGGACGUGGCCAAGAUGGUCAUGGAUGAUGUCAACAUGGUUGGUAAGAAAGCAGGGUUUAAGAAUCUGGAAAUGUUACAGACGGUGCUGUUGGUUCAUGAAGAAUUGGCAAUGACCGCUGCACAGAAGUUGAGUAGGAAGGAUAUCGUCAAAAAAUAUGAAGGCGAGAUUAAGAAGCUUUACAUGUAG